CAAGAGCCGCCCUUUGUCUCCAACCCCAACCACCCCGCCCAUAAUAUACAACCGCCCUCGCAAGAACCACCAGACCUCACAUGCUUUGAUCCCUCCCCCUUCCUCCUCCUCCUCCUCUUAACCUCCCCCGCCGCAGCCCGUGCUCUCCCGUACUUCUUGGAGCCGAUCAUCGCAAGAUCAUCAACCAGCUGCCACUCUUCGCCGUUUCUUUGGCACCACACCACCGCCGAUCGCCGAGAUGAUGAUGGGGUACUUCUGGGCGCCGAGGAAGUCGGCGGCGGUGGAGAGGGACCAGAGCCUGCGGGCGGGGCUGCUCGUCGACGGCGGCAGCGGCGAGGCGGCGGCGGUGCCCAAGGGGUACUUUGCGGUGUACGUGGGCGCCGAGGCGCGGCGGUUCGUGGUGCCGAUGGGCUACCUCCACCAGCCGGCGUUCCGGGCGCUCAUGGAGCUGGCGGCCGAGGAGUUCGGCUUCGGCCAGGCCGGCGGGCUCCGCAUCCCCUGCCGCGAGGAGGACUUCGUCGCCAUCGUCGCCGCGCUCGAGGCCACGGCCGAGUCGCGCCAGCGCAGGCGGAGCGCCGCCGGCAGGAGGAGCAGGAGCAACGCCACACCAUGGUGAUUGAUCAUGCUCGUGCAUGGCGACGUAGAACAAGAGUUUUUUGUCCCGGUCAUGUGGAAGGACGCCGUGUCUUUGCGUAGCGCAAGCAUGGCUGCCGCCGAUGAUCCGUCCGAUUUCCGAGUCACCAAUUCACCAUCGGUUUGCCAGUAGAUAGAUAGUCUCUCACGAGUCUCGAGUCUGGAAUGAUUAAUGAUGAUCUUGUAAGGGCUCUUCCUUUUUGUUUUCGAGCAACAUCGAUCUUGUAAGGGCUCUGAAACUGACAAUUGAAAGAUGAUUUUGAUUCCCAUGAUA